ACAGAUCUGUCGCUUGGCUGGAGCAGUUGGUAACCAAAAUGGAGCCAGAGCCUUUUCCAGCCAGAUGCAGACGGUCACUCUAAUACCAGGAGAUGGGAUCGGGCGUGAGAUUUCCUCUGCCGUCAUGAAGAUUUUUGAGGCAGCCAAAGCACCCAUUCAGUGGGAAGAGAGAAAUGUUACAGCCAUUAAAGGCCCUGGUGGCAAAUGGAUGAUCCCCCCUGAAGCCAAAGAAUCUAUGGAUAAAAACAAAAUGGGUCUUAAAGGUCCUUUGAAGACUCCAAUUGCUGCUGGACAUCCGUCCAUGAACCUGUUACUUAGAAAAACUUUUGAUCUUUAUGCUAAUGUCCGCCCCUGCGUCUCCAUUGAGGGUUAUAAGACUCCUUACACUGAUGUGGACCUGGUUACCAUUCGGGAAAACACUGAGGGAGAAUACAGUGGCAUUGAACACGUGAUUGUGGAUGGAGUAGUGCAAAGCAUUAAACUGAUUACAGAGCAAGCCAGCCACAGGAUUGCAGAAUUUGCUUUUGAGUAUGCGAGGAGUAACCAAAGAAGCACAGUGACUGCAGUGCACAAAGCCAAUAUCAUGAGAAUGUCUGAUGGACUUUUUCUGAAGAAGUGCAGAGAAGUUGCAGAGAACUACAAGGACAUAAAAUUUAAUGAAAUGUACUUGGACACAGUGUGCCUCAAUAUGGUUCAGGACCCUACGGAGUUUGAUGUACUUGUUAUGCCAAACUUGUAUGGUGAUAUCUUAAGUGAUUUAUGUGCUGGUCUGAUUGGAGGGUUGGGAGUAACUCCAAGUGGAAAUAUUGGUGCUAAUGGGGUAGCGAUUUUUGAGUCGGUUCAUGGCACUGCACCAGAUAUAGCAGGGAAAGACUUGGCUAAUCCUACUGCUUUACUUCUGAGUGCAGUCAUGAUGCUCCGGCACAUGGGGCUGCAGGACCAUGCACGCAAGAUAGAGACUGCAUGCUUUGACACUAUUAAAUCUAGAAAGACUUUAACUAAAGAUUUGGGUGGAAACUCCAAGUGUUCAGAGUUUACAGAUGAGAUCUGUCAAAGGAUACAGGACAGCGAAUAA